AUGAGCUAUAUUUUUACCGAUGGUCAUGAUUUUCUGAAUAGAUUAAAGAAAACAGACGCUUCUCAGCGUUACCCAGCCCGCAAUACACCAGUUGAUCAACUUGCUGAACGUGUCCUCCUUAGCGUUAGAAGUAGACUUCAAGGUUUUGUUAGUGGGAAUUCAGUUGCUAAUUCAAAUGAAACUUCCAUUAAUUGUGCAGGUGGUAGUGGUAUUGCUGGUGGACUUGAUCAACUCGAUGUUGCUGCCCAUGUUGGCUCACUAGUUCGCCCAGCUAUAGAUCAUUGA